CGGCCAUUUUUUUACCGUUUUACAGUUUUAAAAUUUUAAUUCACUCUCCAUUCGCGUUUACAUAUUACAUGUAAUGUCAACAUAAAUAACUAUUGACUAUGAUAUCAUCGGCGUUUUGUUCGCAAUUGGAGCGUCAUAUCAGUGAUAGCACGGAGUCGAUUGCACGAGGACGUUGCUGUAAAGCCAUGUGAUAUGGGUGUUCCGAUGGUGAACAGGUGCUGCUUCUGCGCGACGCUGCAGACGGGGACCUUGAUCAUUGGUUACAUAUACACGAUAUGGGCACUCCUGGAGCUGACCUGCUACUGCCUGCUGGUGACGCUGGCGCCGCUAGGCCACGGCGGGGCGGUGUCCGGACACAAGUACGCGCUGUACGUCACCGCCGCCGCCGUCAGCGGGACACACCUGCUGUGCUCGUUGCUGCUCGUUGUCGCGGCUCAUAAAAAACUGGCGUCUCUGACUCUACCCUGGACGAUCGUGACGGGGAUCCUGACGGCCAUCUUCUUCGUGAUGUGCCUCACCGGCAUCAGCCUCAUCCUGCAGGACUCGGGGGAGAUGUUGGAGAUUGAGUCCAUCGUCAUCUGUGUGCAUCUCGUUAGAGCUUGUGUGUCAGUGUACUGCAUCCUGGUGGUGCAUAGCCGCCACAAGCAGAUGAUGAACGAGGAGGACGAGCAGCGCCUCCAGCACUCCGCCAGACUCUACCGGCCCGUCAGAACUAGCGAUUACAAGCUGUAGGACGAGCAGCGCCUCCAGCACUCCGCCAGACUCUACCGGCCCGUCAGAACUAGCGAUUACAAGCUGUAGGACGAGCAGCGCCUCCAGCACUCCGCCAGACUCUACCGGCCCGUCAGAACUAGCGAUUACAAGCUGUAGGACGAGCAGCGCCUCCAGCACUCCGCCAGACUCUACCGGCCCGUCAGAACUAGCGAUUACAAUCUGUAGGACGAGCAGCGCCUCCAGCACUCCGCCAGACUCUACCAGCCCGUCAGAACCAGCGAUUACAAUCUGUAGGACGAGCAACGCCUCCAGCACUCCGCCAGACUCUACCGGCCCGUCAGAACCAGCGAUUACAAUCUGUUGCCCGCGACUUCGUCCGCGUUAGCAUAGUA